AAAAAUAAACAAAAACAAAAUUAUGUAAAUUGAACGGAAUGCCAGUUAUUGCUCUGUGGAACAAAUGAAACGUUCUGAUUUAGUAGCGUUUGGAGCGUGAUCGUGGAUGAAAGCAUGGCAGAGCUACCAGUGGAAAUUUUAAACAAAAGCGAUUGUUUAACAAUUGUCAAGAAUUGUUUAAAUUUGCCCAGUGACAAUGCAUUUGAAUUGUUGUCGCACAGAGUUGUGAAACCCUCCAGCGAUCUGGUGGGAUUUAUGGGAGAAUAUUAUAAAUUGGAAAUAGAUAUUAAAGAGGGGAAUUCUGAUACCGAGAGACAUCUGAAUUUUUUUGUUAAAUCCGUCCCCGUCACCAAUGAAGUCUAUCGCGAUGAAUGCGAACGCAAAGGGUUCUUUCGCAAAGAAUCCAGCAUUUAUGCCAAUAUUUUACCAAAUAUUCAACGCUUUGCCCCGGCGGAUUUAUUUCCCAAAUCCUAUUUGGUGCGUUCCGAUGUUUUAGUAUUGGAAGAUUUUUCCUUACCCGAAAAGGGUUUCAAGCAAUUAUCGAAAAAUGACAUUUACACAACGAAACAUUUGCAAUUGUGUUUACAACUGCUGGCCAGAUUUCAUGCCGCCAGCCUUGCCUGGGAGGCCGAAGCGUCACUGAAUAUUGGUGAACAGUUCAAGGAUGUCCUGAUCGAAUUGCAGCUAAGUGCGGCAAAUGAGUGGUACAUAACGGGUAUUCAGGCCGCUUUGUAUAUAGCCCAAACUCACCCUAAAUAUCAGUACCCCGAGGCCCAGGAAUUUAUCAAUCAAAAACUUAAUCAAGUAUUCCUGGAUAUGGAGGAGUUAUCCAAAUCCUCGAAAACUCUACGUAACGUAUUGUGUCAUCGUGAUUCCUGGAACAGCAACAUAUUUUGGAAAUAUGACAAAUUGGACAAAGAACCCCUGGAAUGUCGCAUUGUCGAUUUCCAGCUGACCCGUUACAGUCCUCCGGCAAUAGAUGUCCUCAAUUUUCUCUAUAAUAAUUUUGAAAAUCCUCAACGCAGAGAUAAAGAGGUACCUGAUCUCUUGAAAUAUUAUCAUAAGACUUUGAAGGAGGAAUUGAAACGUUUGAAUAUAAGUGAAGACCUGAUACCGCAGCAAGAAUUCGAAGAAGAUUGCCGCAAAGCUCUGCUGGCUGUCUUAACUCUGCGAUCAAUUUGUGUGCCAUUAUUUAAUUUACCCCCAGGUUGGGCCGCCCACAUGCGUGCCACUGAACCCAAGACAUUUGAUGCCUAUAUGAAUAGUGAGCGAAUUGCAAUGUUUGAGAGAGUCGCUCAGAUGGAUCCUACCUAUAUGGGAAAGAUACAAUAUCCAUUGCAAGAGAUCAUGGAAUAUUUUAAUUUUAAGCCGAACUUGUUUCGACAUUUUGAAUUCAUAAUGAAAGAUAAACAAAAUAAUAAAGAUUUAAUCGAACGACAUAAUCGCCAUGAUUUAGUAACGCGCGAAGAAUGUGAACAAAUUCUGGAGAAGAUAUUAAAAGAACAGGGAAUUGCCGGUGGUGAACUAAAGGAAUAUGAAAUUGUUCCAGAGCUGAGUACAAUUGGAUAUUUGGGCGAAUAUUUCCAUUUACAUUUGAGAUAUCAAAAGGCGGAGGAAAAUGAACUCAGUCAUAUUCGGCUGUUUGUUAAGACGAAACCCUACCAAAAUCCCGAUAUGUCGGAUUUCAUUGAACGUUCCGGCAUGCUGACGAAGGAGGCUACUUUAUAUCAAAAAUUGCUAAAUGAACUUAAGAAACUGACUCCCAAUAUUUGGUGUGCCCAGUGUUAUCUAGUCAAACCGGAUCUCUUUGUGAUGCAAAACAUCUUGGACUUGGGCUAUAAGCCCAUGAAGGAUUCCUCCGUAUUUCUAAAUAAACCACAAAUUUGCUCCAUACUCAAAGGUCUGGCCAGUAUGCAUGCCUGCAGUGUGGGCUAUGAGCGAAAGAAUCAAAUCAAAAUUGGUGAUCAGCUCAAGGAUGUGCUGUAUGAGGUUACGGUUAAUCCCAAGGUUGUGUGGUAUACGGCGGGUAUUAAGGCCGUAUUGGCUGUGGCCCUCAAACAUCCGAACUACCAAUCGGAGCCCCUGCAGGAGUUCAUUAAAUCCCGUUUGCCCUCAAUAUUGGACACCGUCUAUGACAUGGUGAAUCCUUCGACCAAAUAUAACAAUGUCUUCUGUCACCGUGAUGUCUGGGGUGGCAAUGUGUUCUUUGCUAAGGAUGAACCCUAUUCGAAGGGUGCAGCAUUUGUCGACUUCCAAUUGUGUCGUUAUUCCCCAGCUGCCAUUGAUGUCCUUAUGACCCUCUAUAUGAACAUUAAACCUUCGGAUCGUAAAGAAAUUGAGAAGGAAUGUCAUGAAAUAUAUUAUCAACAAUUUAAGGAGGAGUUAUCUCGAAUGUCUUUGAAUGCCGAGGAUUUUAUGACCUUCCAGGAAUUUGAGAAUUCCUUGAAAGAUUUGGCUUUGUUUGGUGCUCUAUAUAAUUGCAUAGCGGCAACGAUUUUGAGAGUUCCAGGAGAUUAUUUGCGUGACAUGAAAUUAAACCGUCCCGAUGAUUUUCAUCGUUAUACAAAUGUUGAUCGAACGGAUGAGGUAUUGGAGCUGGUGAAAAUUGAUGUCAAUUUCCGGCAUUAUAUGUUGGAAUGUAUUGACGAUAUGAUGGAAUUGGUUUUGCGGGAUUAUUUUUAUAAGGAAUAAAGUAUUGUUAUU